AUGAAUGUCUGUCACCUAUUCUUUUUUGAGUUUAAACUGACACAUAACAUUGGUGCUACUACACUCUCACAGGUCGAUCUGAUGCCUUAUCCACAUGCAUUGGCUGUAAUCGUACAUACGAAAAGGGAUGCAUAUUCUUACUGUUUCUAUUAUUACACAAAGGAUGCUUAUGUAAAUGCUUAUGAAAGUUCGGUCUAUUCUGUUGGAAAUCCAGAAGAAUGGAGAGUGCUCGAUGAAGUAGAAUUCCAAAUUAUUUUAGCUCCUAACCAGAAGCGGAGUUCUGGAAGACCUAUUGAGAAGAGGAAGAGAUCAUCUAGGGAAGGGAAACCAAAAGUAAGAUGUGGACGUUGUGGUGCACAUGGUCACAACCGUAGGAGAUGCUCAAGUUUGGUCCCAUUAAGUAAGAACGGUUGA